UGAAGGCAGCACGCGCGUGUGACUGAAUUGACCGUUAUUAGUGAAAAACAACAGCAACCGUCAGAUUUUAGUUUUAACCAUACAGUCUACGGUUUUAACUGGUCUCCCCCCGACAGAUUGGUUAAUAUAGUUGUUUUAAAUUAAGUAAUUUCAUACUUUAAGAAACUCGAGACAGAAAGAAGACGGUUUAACGUUACAACGGACAGAUGGACGGUAAAGACCAGCGGUUGGAGCCUGUCCGGGGCUUCGCUGUCAAAGCUUUGAGGUUGGACCCUGAAACAUGGCGGGAGUUCGUCUCUGAGGAGGAGAACCAGGUGACCUUCAGCACUUUCUUCAACACCCAGGACUGCACUCACCUGUUCAUCUGUCGGGGUCCAGACUCUGGACUCUCCGUCAGCCUCGACUUCCCCAAAAAUGUCCAAACCAAAGUUAUCUGUGUCUCCAAGACGGGCCGCGAGGUCAUCAGUAAAGAAAACGCCAGGAAGAGUUUAAUGAUUGAAGAAGUCCAGGGAGAGGAAGCCAUGAGCUUCAUCAUCUCGGUCUCUGAGGAGGUGACCUGCCCGUUGCUUAGCAACCCGGAGGUGAGCAGCAGCUGGGCGGCGGGCGUGGCCGAGGAGGCGCUGAGGUUCCUGGAGAAACAGAAGAACGAGGCGCUGGUGAUGAAGGCUCAGAUAGAGGGGCGGACCUUCCUACCGUAUCCCGACGCCCUCCGUUACCACAAUUUCCACGACGAUAUCCAUGACGACGCCCUACAUGAAGACAAUGUCCACGACGACCGUGAGGGGCGGUAGGACAGACACA